CUUUUUUGUUUUUUUGUUUACGUUUAAUACGGAGGGGAAUUGGGCUAGCUGGGAACCUGGAACCUGAAAUACAUAAUCAAGUGAAAAAAGUUUCAACAAUAGCAUACGGAUCAUUCAUAUCUUUACGUCAAACUUGAAACGACUUAAUAAUAUUAGAAAUGACUAGUGCAGUUUAUCUUGAACACUAUUUGGACAGUUUAGAAUCUUUGCCUAUUGAACUACAAAGGAAUUUCUCUCUGAUGAGAGAUUUAGACAACCGUGCUCAAUCCCUCAUGAAGGAGAUUGAUUGCCAUGCAGAAGACUACCUAAAAGUAGUCUCUCAAACAAGUCCAGAAAAGCGGAAAGAACAAAUGGAAAAGAUCCAGAAGCUUUUUAAUAAAGCCAAAGAAUAUGGAGAUGAUAAAGUUCAGCUGGCCAUUCAGACUUAUGAACUGGUUGAUAAACACAUCAGACGUCUUGACUCAGAUUUGGCCAGGUUUGAAACAGAGAUUAAAGAAAAAUCCUCUGUUGCAACUCUCUCAGCAGAAGAGGACACCCCACCAGUAGUCAAAAAAGAUAAGAAAAAGUCUGUUGAAAAAGUGGAGAAAAAGAAGAAAGGAAAUAAAACAAAUAUCAGUACUACUGCCAGUGAAGUUCCGAUGAAAGUUGAAGAAGGUCCAGCACGCAAGAAAUCAAGUAAAAAGAACGUUGCAGCUGCAACCACUCCCGAAAAUUCAGCCAAUUUUGGUCUCACUACCAUUGGGCAUUCGGCUGAUGUUCUUGACAUGCCAGUGGAUCCUAAUGAGCCUACGUACUGUCUUUGUCAUCAAGUUUCAUACGGAGAAAUGAUUGGCUGCGAUAACCCUGACUGCCCAAUUGAAUGGUUUCAUUUUGCUUGUGUCAGCCUCACGACCAAACCAAAAGGGAAAUGGUUUUGCCCGAAAUGUUCCGCAGAUCGAAAAAAAAAGUGAAGAAUUGAUCGACUUGUUUUCUCUUAUUGUCAUUGCUCAUUGGAAAAAAAAUCCGCAUGCCAUUAUCGGUUUCUAAAAUAUACUUAUGCUGCCCUUCAUAAGGUAAUUUAAA